AGCCGCACUGGCUCAAGCGAUCCCGUCGUGCGCGCCACUUUCAUCGGCUGUGGCCCUGGGCGCGCGCGGCAGAGCCGAGAGUGGCAAUGGCGGACUCUCGGCCAGGGGCCCGGCUGCCCCUGAGCGCAGGCCGCACGGGCCUGGGCGGGCCCGCGCCGCCGUCGGGGGCCCGCGGCCCGACCUCCGAGCCGCAGGGGCGACCGCCGAGCAGCCCGAGCCCGCAGCGGCGGCACCGCCCCUCGCGCCGCGUGAUCGUCCGCGCCCGCGCCGCGCGCCUGGCCCAGCGGAGCGGCGGCGCGGCCCGGGCCCCUGCCGGGGGCGCGAGCGGCAGCCUGGCUCCGGCCUCCGUCGAGGGCGCGGGCAGCUGCCGCAGCACGGCUCGGGCCCCCGGCGUGGGCGGCGGCGGCGGCGCAGCUCGGGCUCGCGAGGCCGCUCCGCCCGUGGGCGUCCCGAGCGGCCCCGCAGCGGGGCUCGUGGAGGCGGCAGCGGUUAGCUCGGACUCGCCGCCGCACGUGACGUGCAGCCAGACCGCGGGCAUGUCGAACACGGUCUGCGUCUCCGACGCCGUCGGCGAGUGGGCGGUCGUGGGGGCGAAGCUCGUGCAGGAGCUGUCGAAGUUUGGAGAAGUCGCCCGCCUCGACGCCAUCGGCGGCACGCUCGGGACCGUACUGGCGACGUACUUCGACGUGCGGUGCGCCCAGAGCGUGCUGCUGCACAUGGCGUCCCGCGCUGAACCUUUCCAAUCAGCGCCACAGGACUGCCGCAUCGUCUUGGUCGACCUGUCGGGCUUCUUUGCGAAGACAGGCUACGCGACAAGACUCCAAGAUUUCGGGGAGGUGGCCCACAUCGACAUGCACGAGGCGCUGGCGGCCGUCGAGUUCUACGACCUUCGCUCUGCGCACGCGCUCUUGGUGGCGGCGGGUGGCUGCGCCACCCCGGUGUCCGGAAGCGCUCCUGUGCCACCCGCGAUGCUGACGCGGGGCCUCCCCGAACCUGUUCUAGCGCAGCCGCGGGCGCUGCGCGGCACAGGACGCCCGAUGGCUGCACCCUCCAAGGCUGGCCCUCAAGACAAUGGCAGCGUCCCGGGCAGUGCUGGAGAGCGGGCCGGCGACGUGGCCAAGCACCUCCUGGCGCGGACCAAGGGCAGCAGCGAGGGCCUCCAGGAGCUCGACAUCACUCCAGGGGCCAUCCUACGUGGCGAGGACAAGCGGACGACCGUCGUGGUCAGGCACCUGCACGGACCCCGCGCGAGAAGAGGCCUCCUGAUGCUAUUGGACAGGUGCGGCCUCGGUGACCAGUAUUCUUUCUUCCACAUGCCAUGGAAGGAAGACCGCAGUCGUUCGGCAGGUAUCGCUUUCGUGAACUUCGCGUCGCCGCACGACGUGCACAUCUUCUGUGGAGCGGUGGCGAGCGGGCUCUGGCGGGACGUUUGCGGCAAGCCCCCCCCGUGGCCGCCCGCUGUGAGCUACGCCCGCUUCCAGGGCCACGAGGCCCUGGCGCGGCACUUCGGGCCCUCGGCCGCGCUCCCAGAGCAGGACCCCGAGAAGCGCCCGAUCGCCCGGCCAGAGGUGCUCGGCCGGUCUGCCAGCGACGACGCCCCGGUGGAGACGACGAGGGCCCUGCGCACCCCCGGCCCGCCCAGCAUCGCAGACGGCGCCGCGCGGUCCGACCACCACGACCUGGCGGCAGAGCGCGGGCCGCCCGGCAAGAGCCAGCCUGCUCUCCACGGGGGGCACGGCGCGGGGGAGAGCCCUCUGUCCGAGGCCCGGCGAGCCCGAGAAGGUUGACGGAGACGUCUGGUGGCGCUGGAUGCCGGGGGGGUAGGGCCGCUCUGCCCGCGCACGACACGGCCCUGACGUCGUCGGAGCGCGAUGUCCGGAUUCCUCUUGCGACUGGCUCGCCGGCACUUGCAGACAGGGCUCUCUUCCGCAGCAGCUCUCGCCUGCGAUGCCGGACGUGUUCUCACUGCCUACUCCCUGAGGCGCUGCAAAAGCCUCGUCGGGGUGUUGUGUUUUUCAUCCUCAUGUCCUGAAGGCUCAUCCUGGUAGGCUGACAUGGGGGCUGGGCCUUGGUAUAGACUCCCACUGGGCCGCCCCUGCGCCCGCCGCCCCGCCCCGCGACGGACAUCGGCUGCUCCGUGACCAUGCGCAGGCCCGCCGUUCUCCCCCCUCCACUCAGGCCCGCCCAGGGUCUCGUGGCGGCAGGCCUCGUGGCGUCCAGGCGAGGUCCAGGGCGCCACCCAGGUCUGCCUUUUUUUGUUUGUUCGGGAUAUCGGGUGCUCCGUAAGCACGCGCAUGCCCGCGGUCCCCCUUCCCUCCCCCCAGGCCCGCCCAGGGUCACGCGGCGGCAGGCCUCGUGGCGUCCAGGCGAGGUCCAGGGCGCCACCCAGGUCUGCUUUUUUUGCUUGUUUGGGAUAUCGGGUGCUCCGUGAACAUGCACAGGCCCGCCGUUCCCCCCCCCCCCCCCCCACUCAGGCCCGCCCAGGGUCUCGUGGCGGCAGGCCUCGUGGCGUCCAGGCGAGGUACAGGGCGCCACCCAGGUCUGUUUUUUUUGUUUGUUUGGGAUAUCGGGUGCUCCGUGAACAUGCACAGGCCCGCCGUUCUCCCCCCCCCACUCAGGCCCGCCCAGGGUCUCGUGGCGGCAGGCCUCGUGGCGUGCGAGGUCCAGGGCGCCACCCAUGUUUUUUUUUUUUUUUUUUAGUUUGUUUGGGACAUCGGGUGCUCCGUGAAACUGCACAGGCCCGCCGUUCACCUCCCCCCACUGAGGCCCGCCCAGGGUCUCGUGGCGGCAGGCCUCGUGGCGUCCAGGCGAGGUACAGGGCGCCACCCAGGUCUGUUUUUUUUUUGUUUGUUUGGGAUAUUGGGUGCUCCGUGAGCAUGCGCAGGCCCGCGGUCCCCCUUCCCUCCCCCCAGGCCCGCCCAGGGUCACGCGGCGGCAGGCCUCGUGGCGUCCAGGCGAGGUCCAGGGCGCCACCCAGGUCUGCCCCUUUUUAUAGAUAUAUGUGUUUUUCUACUCGCGAACGGCGGCGCAAUGAAUGUGAGGUGAAACUGUGACGCCGCGCGCCGAGCAGGCCUACCGGAGGAGGAGG